AUGCUCUCACUGCUUCUCAUUGCUUCUUCAAUCAUCGACUCUUCAUUUGGACAACUCCCUGGACCUAAUGAUUAUCCUGGAAGGAUUGGUGGACGUUGUGGAUUGUUUCAGUUUGAUUGUGAUCCAAGAGCAAGGACUCCAUUAUGUAUUCCUUUGGCUGCAGUGAGAGAUUGCACACCGGACUGCCCAAAUAUGAGUGAUGAGUGGUGUGGCCAAGGAACAAUUCUCUGUGAUGCUGGUGUUGGUCAACAUCGGUGCGGAAAGUGUGUAAGACCUCAGGAUAUGGUAAAUUUAUGUUUGGAUAGAAAAUGGCAACAUUUAUGUGCCUAUCAAGGUACCUAUAAAUGUGCGAAAACGAUGAAUUGUGUAUUUGCAAAAUGGUUGAUGGAUGGAAAAGACGAUUGUGGUGAUAGCAGUGAUGAAGAUGUUUGUGCUCGUGGAUUAGUAUCUUGUGCUGGAAGUGAACCUACUACAACUACGGUAUUGGAACCUGUGACUUCCACAGAAAAACCAAAAGAAAAGAAAAAGAAAAUAAUACUCAAAGAUCGCUGCGAGCUAGGCGAGUUCAGAUGUCUAGACGGGGAGUGUCUUGAUGUGUCACGAGUAUUGGAUGGACACGAAGACUGUUCAGAUGCAAGCGAUGAAAACUACUGUGAAAUGCACGACGGAGUGUGCAACACAGCCGCUCGAUGCUCAUUCCAACGGGAUGUCGGUGCUUUUGGAUGCGGAUGCCCGAAAGGAUUCGUUCGUAAUCCGACUGGAAUAUGUGAAAUUGAAGAAAAUCGAAUGAAAAUUUGA